AUGAUUCGCAAGCUCGUGGCCAGGCAGUACGUGUGCUGGCGUUAUGCCGGGGGGGAUAUCACAAGGCCUAGGCGGUUACAUCAUUUUAAUCAUCUGUUUGUGUUAUAGAAAGCAAUAGACCUUGCUACCAAGGCAGCACAAGAAGACAAAGCAGGAAACUAUGAGGAAGCAUUCCGCUUGUACCAGCAUGCUGUGCAGUAUUUUCUCCAUUUUGUUAAAUAUGAAGCACCGACCGAUAAAGCAAAGCAGAGUAUCAGAGCGAAAUGUACGGAAUACUUGGACAGAGCAGAAAAGCUUAAAGAAUAUCUGAAAAAGAAGGAAAAAAAUGCAGCAAAACCAGUUCAAGAGUGUGGUCCUAUUGAUGGAAAAGGGAAUGACAGUGAUGGGGAAGGAGAGUCGGAAGAUCCUGAGAAAAAGAAGCUACAGAAUCAACUUCAAGGUGCAAUUGUUAUGGAGCGACCAAAUGUAAAAUGGAGUGACGUUGCUGGCCUUGAAGGUGCCAAAGAAGCCCUUAAAGAAGCAGUGAUUCUGCCCAUUAAAUUUCCUCAUCUCUUUACAGGAAAGAGAACACCUUGGAGAGGGAUUCUUCUGUUUGGACCCCCAGGAACAGGAAAGUCUUAUUUAGCAAAAGCUGUGGCAACAGAAGCAAACAAUUCUACAUUCUUCUCGGUGUCUUCCUCUGAUCUAGUCUCAAAGUGGUUAGGAGAGAGUGAAAGAUUAGUGAAAAACUUGUUCCAGCUUGCCAGAGAAAACAAACCUUCCAUUAUCUUUAUUGAUGAGAUAGAUUCCCUAUGUGGGUCCAGAAGUGAAAAUGAAAGCGAGGCUGCUAGACGAAUUAAAACAGAGUUCCUAGUCCAGAUGCAAGGGGUUGGUGUUGACAACGAAGGAAUCUUGGUCUUGGGAGCAACAAACAUACCCUGGGUUUUGGAUUCUGCUAUCAGGAGGAGGUUUGAGAAGCGUAUUUACAUUCCUUUACCUGAAGACCAUGCCAGGGCUGCAAUGUUCAAACUUCACCUUGGAUCAACUCCAAAUAUCCUAACAGAAUCAGAUUAUCGAGAGCUUGGAAAGAGAACCGAUGGCUACUCUGGUGCAGAUAUAAGCAUCAUUGUACGUGAUGCACUGAUGCAGCCUGUUAGAAAAGUGCAAUCAGCUACUCACUUUAAAAAAGUAAAAAAACCAUCAGUGUCUAAUCCAAACACCAUGGCAGAUUUGUUCACCCCUUGCUCUCCAGGGGAUCCUGACGCCAUAGAAAUGACGUGGAUGGAGGUCCCAGGUGAUAAAUUACUGGAGCCUCAGGUUUCCAUGACUGAUAUGCUCAGGUCACUAGCUAGCACAAAACCAACUGUUAAUGAACAGGACCUGGAGAAGUUAAAGAAGUUUACAGAAGAUUUUGGUCAGGAAGGUUAAACCAAAGAUAUAUGUGGAACACUACAACUUUAUUUUCUCACUUUAUUAAGUAUCCAUGUGUCUUUCUUGAUGGCACUCAAAAAAGCCAAUAAAAUCACUUAUUUCCUACUUUGCAGAAAGAAGAUCUCUUUGCAAAGACCCUUCAGCUUUUGUAUUGUAUUGUUUUCCUCAGAUAUCUAUUAAAUGUCUUCUAUUGAAAAAUAAUGCUAAAAGUAUAAUUUUAGGGUGAGAUAGCAAAGUGAUGUGGUAACUUGUAUUAAAUAUUAGCAAACUUUAAAUGAUUAGUUCGAUUUUACUAAAUGUUCAAUUUUACAUGUUAUAUUAGACCUGGCUACAAGUAAGUUUUGAACUGCCAGUAGCCUCAAAACCCUUUUUUGGAGGGUGGAAGAGAACCUAUUUGUCAGGUAUUUGCAAUAUCAGUCAAUCAGCCUGCUUAUUAACUGUUUUAAUUUCAUUUAGAAAAAGCAACAAAUUUGCUAAAACAUAAAGCAUAUUGCAAGUGUGGGUUCACUAUUAAAAUAAGAAAGAAAACACUGUGAGGUUAAGACUAUACGGGCCAGUACUUUGUUUAAAUACUGAUGGACCUGGUACUUGGCUUUUUCUGCUAUGCUGUGUUAAAAUUUUGCCUUAAACAGCAAGCUUGUUUUUAACUCUUUACCAGCUGAUACACGUGUGUCACUAUGCAAUUGAGCAAAGGUUUGUUAAAUGCAAGUAUUUUGGAGG